AAGCAGGCGUAACCAGUGGAGCUCUCUGCGCUCCGGGUACUAAGUUCAGGUGCUGCGCGUUUUAUGGUUUAACCUGAACGCGUAAACGGCCUCCGUGUUGUUUGCUUUUUUUGUUUUUGUUUCACUCAUUAAACAGACAAUUGUUGCUGGCCGGUGUGGGGACGGAUCGGUGUCCCAGUUUGGAGGAAGGCAGCGGCAGUCGGACAGCCACACACAUCUGUAAACCCACACCCACGCACACACACAGACACGGCAACACAAGCUGCGCGGUCAGGACUGCGCCUGUCACCAUGCCUGUGCGACAGAAAGAUGCUCAGCGGGCCCUGGAGCUGCUCCAGCAGUACCGGGUCAAACUGAACCAGAGACGGCAGACCCAGAGUGAGAGCAAGCAGGUUUCUGCCGAGGAGGACCAUCAGCUGCAGCAGUCAUUGGACAGAGUCAUCAAUGUCUUCCAAAGUCAACUCUUCAGUGCUCUUCUCGAUAUCCAGGAGUACUACGAGUUGACCGUCCUGCAUGACAGCCACUGUUCUGUCAACACUCCAGAGAAUCCCCCCGCUUCUGGAGAACCAUCCCGGCCCUGCAAGACCAAGUCAGUCAAACCCCCCUCCCCACCUAAACCAACUGGAGCAACUUCAAAACCAUUAUCCUCUCCUACAAGACAGCCCAGCAUCCCACAAUCCCACCCUGCCAAAGCCAAGUAUCGGGCCCCCCCUCCGCCCACCCAAGCUGGAAGCAUCAAACCCGUCGAGGGUGUUAUUUCCAAACCCUCUUCACCCUCUGCCGCCACAUCUUCCAGUGUUACUGUCAGCAGCAUAGAAAAUGUCAGCGCAUCCACUAAAACAUCCCAGAAUGGACCCAGCCCAGAUGUCACGGCCACAAAGUCAGAGAGCACGACUAACGCACAGAACCCUCCUGUCUCUAAAGACCCGAACCUGGUGACGGUUUCUGCCCUUGUCUCUAGCACUAUCCAAGGUAUUGUGUCACCGACCACUCCAGGCAAAACUACCCCUGCAAGCAUCGCUCCAACCGCCAGUCCAGGUCCAGGUACAGUCUCAGGAGCCGACGUUUCUACCACGGUUUCUAGCAGCAAAGAUCCAGGAGCAAGUAAAGUCAGUCCAAGUAAAAGUCCAACGAGCCCUAACCACGGGAAAUCAACAUUCGAGAGCAAAAGCCCCACCAGUCCUUCGUCAAAGCUAAGCAAAGGAUCUCCUCUUAGUUCAAUCAGCCCUGCGCUUUCUGAUGGACCAGGCUGCUCCAGGAUUAACACAACCCCAUUCACCCCCAACAAGAAGUAUCGAUAUCAAGAAGAGGAAGGGGCUUCACCAGGUGCCCCAAGACUCCACCAUCACACCUGCCAUCAGCAUCCAAUGGGAAUAGCCGGAGAGAUAACCGACGGAGGGACCUUGGGGAGGGACGGAGGGACCUUGGGGAGGGAUGGAGGGACCUUAGGGAGGGAUGGAGGGACUCUUGGAAGGGAUGGGGGGACUCUAGGACGAAAUGGAGGAACACUGGGGAGGCAGGGAGGGACACUCGGCAGGGACAGAGAGACUUGGAGGCGAGACGGAGGGGGCAUCGGAAGCAUGGAGCGAGAAAGGGCGCGGUCCCUGGGGAGGGAUGGGUCCCUUGGUUACCACGGUGACCUGCGUGGCGCGGAGCUGGUUCAGGUGGCGGAGCGCCAGCUUUCUCAGAUCCAGCAUGUCCACGGAUACGUCACUCAUACACACAUCACACCUGCUCAGGUAGAAUCACCUGAGGCACCAUUUGAUGAUGAGGGGUGGCCUCACCAAGAAGGCGAGAGGCUGAAUGAAGUUCCAGCCCCGCCUUUCUCCUCCCUGUAUUCACAAAGCCACUCCUACUAUCAGGCCAACCCCCCUCCAGUGGUGGUCAAUACCGACAGCGUAGACACCCCCCCAUAUGUCAAUGGAACAGAAGCCGACUAUGAAUAUGAGGAAAUUACACUGGAGAGGGGUAACUCAGGACUGGGCUUCAGUAUUGCUGGUGGCACAGAUAACCCCCAUAUUGGAGAAGACCCCUCAAUCUUUAUCACCAAGAUAAUCCCGGGAGGAGCUGCAGCCCAGAAUGGACGACUCAGGGUGAAUGACUGUAUAGUUCGGGUGAAUGAUGCCGACGUCAGGGAGGUGACUCACAGCGGGGCAGUGGAGGCACUGAAGGAGGCAGGAGGACUGGUCCGGCUCUGUGUACGACGAAGGAGGAGCCUGACCGAGAGGAUCUUGGAUAUUAAACUGGUCAAAGGGCCCAAAGGUUUAGGGUUCAGUAUAGCAGGAGGCGUUGGAAACCAGCACGUUCCUGGUGACAACAGCAUCUACGUGACUAAAAUCAUCGAGGGAGGAGUUGCACACAAAGAUGGACGGUUACAAAUAGGGGAUAAACUUGUUGCUGUAAAUGCUUCUUGUUUGGAGGAGGUAACUCAUGAAGAGGCAGUCGCUGCUCUAAAGUACACUCCGGACGUGGUGUACCUCCGUGUUGCCAAACACAGCUCCCUUUUCAUCAACGACAACUUCCCUCCACCUGAUGUCACUAACUCAUAUUCCCCACCUCAGGACAACCAUGUAAGUCCCUACAUGAGCGGGAGCCAGUCUGUGAGCCCCGCCCCUCUGACCACACCCAGAUACUCACCGCUGCCCAGGAGCCUGACGGCAGACGAAGACGUCCCCAGAGAACCCAGGCGAGUUGUUCUGCAGAGAGGUUCCACGGGUCUUGGCUUCAACAUAGUCGGAGGGGAGGAUGGAGAGGGGAUCUUCAUAUCCUUCAUACUCGCUGGAGGUCCAGCGGAUCUCUGUGGAGAGCUCAGGAAAGGAGACCGCAUCCUAUCGGUGAACGGAGUGGACCUUUCCAUUGCGACGCAUGAGCAGGCGGCUGCAGCUCUAAAGAAUGCUGGGCAAACGGUUACCAUCGUAGCUCAAUAUAAACCUGAUGAGUACAGUCGUUUCGAGGCCAAGAUCCAUGACCUGAGGGAACAAAUGAUGACCAGCAGUGUCAGCUCCAGCUCCACGUCGCUCCGCUCCACACAGAAACGCACACUUUACGUCAGGGCUUUGUUCGACUAUGACGGAAGUGCUGCCGAUCUGAGUGCGCCCAAUCAGGCCCUGCCAUUUAAUUUUGGGGACAUCCUCCAUGUGAGCAGCGCUGGCGAAGAGGAGUGGUGGCCCGCCCGUCACCUGAGCCCCCCACCCCCUAACCGCCCCGAAGUUGGACUCAUCCCCAGCCGAAGGAGAGCAGAGAAGAAGGAGAGGUCGAGGCUAAAGAUGGUCAGAGUGUCGAGGUCUCAGGACAGAUCGGACCAGGAGGAUAAAGCGCUGGUAACCUCUGGCACCAGUGAUAGUGAGAGUAGUUCCUCUGGCCAGGAGGAGAUCCUCCUUACAUACCAACCAGUCGUGCAGCAGGAAGUGAAUUACACGCGGCCAGUCAUCAUACUUGGACCAAUGAAAGAUCGAGUCAAUGAUGAUCUCAUCUCUGAGUUCCCGGAAAAGUUUGGGUCCUGCGUCCCACACACGACACGGCCACGGAGAGACUACGAGGUGGACGGCAGAGAUUAUCACUUCAUGUCCUCGAGAGAGCUGAUGGAGCGAGAGAUUCAGGAACACAAGUUCAUCGAGGCUGGACAGUAUAACAACCACCUUUAUGGAACCAGCAUACAGUCUGUCAAAGAGGUCGCCGACAAGGGGAAGCACUGCAUCCUGGAUGUAUCUGCGAAUGCAAUAAAGCGUCUCCAGAUGGCAGGCCUCUAUCCCAUCGCUAUCCUCAUUAGACCGCGUAAUGUCGACAACAUCCUGGAGAUGAACAAGCGUUUGACAGAGGAACAGGCGAGGAAGGCUUUCGACAGAGGCCUUAAACUGGAGCAGGAGUUUGCCGAGUACUUCACCGCAAUAGUCCAUGGCUCGUCUUUAGAGGAAAUUUACUCACAGGUGAAGCAGAUCAUCGAGGAGCAGUCUGGUCCUUACAUCUGGGUGACCACCAAGGAGCGACUCUGAAUAAAAAUACACAGAAUUGAAUUAUCCGUGCACACGCCGCUGUCUCAACACUUCCCACUUGAUUUGUUAUUUUUAUAUUAUCGGCCUGCUUCCUCUGUUUUGCAUCGCUGCACACACGUCUAUUCACACAAGCACACAAUGGUGGCGAGGCUGGGACUAUCUGGGACUUCUCUUUCCUGAAGUGGGGGGACCUCAGGUCUGUCCAGCAGCCUUCUGGUGGAUCUUCCUUCAGCUUGGUUCCUUAAUGUUUAAGGAGUUGGUUCAAAUCAAGGCAACCUGUACCAUGAUCUGAUUUAUUUCACUACUGUUCUUCUUAUUGUUGUCGAUGUUGUUGUUGUUUUCAUAUUAACAAAGAGUAAUGCAUUCAUGUAUCGGUUUGUAAUGAUGAUAUUGUCACCAAGAGGCAGACUUUUGCACGCUGUAGCUUUAAGAGCAUGAUUUUGGGACAAAAAUCUUGAUCUAAUUUCCUUGUCUGUCUUUCUGUCUGUCUGUUGUUCCACAUGGCAUCGAAUAUGUUUAGAGUUUCUUUUUUUCAUUUCUCAUCCCUUUUUUUCCCAUCCUUUUCUCUUCCUACUCUCUAAAAUCUUUUUAAAAUGUUUAUUUUAUUCGACCUUUCCCCUACAGUUAAAGCCACAAUGUUGAGAAGCUACUAUUUAUGGAUGUAGCAUGAAAAAAUAUUCAUAAUCACCUUAGAUGUUUUGGGACUGAGAACCUUAACUUUUAAUGUAGAAAGCUAAUAUCUGAGCUUAAAUAAGUGUAUAAUUAGUUGUCCUUAAUGCAAUGUAGAGAAUUACUGAAUAUCAACAUUUUUAAGGGUCAAAAGCAAAAAGUUUUUAUUUUAAGCUUUGUAUUUUUAUAACCAAUUAAUGUGGAAUCUAACUCAGAAUAGAAACAUUGACUUUAAGCUUUUAACCUGUCACUGGCUGUGACAUAAUGCAAAUAUUCCCAGCUUGUCAGGCCUGUUCCCACACAGGCAGUGGCUUAAUAAGCAAAAGCACCAAUGAUUUUUGUGACCAAAAAGAAAAUCCAAACUGUCAUGAUCUGUUUUUGCAGCUGUCACUGCUACAAUGCACCUCCAAGGUGAACAUGCCCAGCCCCGAUGUGGCUCAUUUCACUCUAUUUGCUUGUAUUAUAUGCAAAGAAACAUUUUGAAAAUGGUUCUUGAGAAUUCCGAUGCAUAACAAGUACUCUAAAGACAGGAAAAGACAAUCACAAGCGAAGAUCUGCCAUAAUUGGCUAAAUAAUAAAAAAUAAAUGUAACCAUCCAGCCAUUGGCUAUAUCCACUUAUCUGUGCAGGGCUGCUUGGAUAUUUUUUUUAUUUUUUGCUAGCUCAGUAAAUAUAUACAAUUGAAAGAGACUUUCCAUUAAAUCUAAUUAAAUGUUGAAAUCACAUGAAAGUAAACGACUAAAAUGGCUCAAUCGGACUUUUUUUAGCUGCAUUUUUCAAUCAAAAGAACUAAAGGGUUUUAUUAGUGGUUUUUUUUUUGAGGAAUAAAAGUGAUAAUUCAGGUCUGGAUCUUCCAUUUAAGGGACCUAGUUGUGUUUUGUUCAAGUCCUCCAGACUUAUUUUGCCCUUUCUUUGCUUAUCCUGAGUUCACCUCAUACUUUCACAUCUGUGUUCUUCAUGCCCCGUACACCGAUGUAUCGGCUCCUUCAUCUCUGGUAUCAUCCCGUUCACAAUCACCAUCACAGUUUUUGUGACAGCUUUCUGAACGCUUAAUGUAGUUGCACGGAAGAGGGCUGAUUUCCUAAAAGCAUCUUGUGUGGCACACCUUUCUGUUAAGGAUUUAAAGGAGCUAUAAGUAAGAUAUUUACUGUAAAAUCAAGCCAAAUCAUUCUCAUUUGUCAUCUGGGAUGGAAGUAACAUUCUCUAUAAACAAUCAGUCCUCUCCUUCAACAAUGUCUUAGUCACAUUUUUAUCCUUUCAAACUUCGAGGAACUACUUUGAUUCAGAGUGUAGCCCGUGUUUACUUCCUGGUUCCUGAGCCAAUCUUAUGAGAUUUCUCAGGUUUCCCAACACUGAGCGCAGCAUUUGGUAUUUUAUCUUGACAAAAGAUUCCUGCAAACAUGGAAGUCAGUAAGAGAAGCAGACAGGAAAUGGAUCAGAAUACAACAUCAUAGACCUGCCCUAUGUUAGUAAAAAUUAACAACAGCAACACACCAUUUAAAAACGGCACAUUGGAUUGUGAUUGGCAAGCUGUUGUACCGAUUUGAGCCACCGGGUGUCAGUAUUACUUAUAGCUCCUUUAAUGAAGGGGGUAAAAACAGUUGUUGUGAAGGUUUUUACAUAUUUCUAGUAUACAAAGACAUAACAUGUGCCCUACAGGUAAACGUUUGUCAAGCUCGCGUAAUCCAGGGCUUGUUUUUUUUUUUUUUUUUUUUUUUGCUUCCCCUUUUUUUCUGUUGGCAGUCCUACUCCCCUUAAAAGAUCUCAGCACUCAGCAACAUAUUCAAAUCUGCUUUGCUUUUUUUCAUCUGUAAUUACCAGCUAAAGCUUUGGUUUCACAAGUUUCUCCCUGUUGUCACAGAGACUAGAUCUUUUUCGACUGCAUGUGACCGAAUGUGUGAUUAACACGUUUGCUGAGUGGGGAGGUCAGGAAUUAAAAUAACCUGAAAUGUGUUGAUAAUCUGUGGUGGAGUAUAACAGCUCAAGAUGCUUUUGAUGACACAGCCCCCUGUAUGCUUGUAUGGACCUCGUCAGCCACCCACUCCCCCCCUAUUCCACCCUAAACCCCUGAGGCGACUCCUCCGAGCUGACUGGAGGACAGAGACGUACAGAGAGGCCGUUCUGUUGGUAGAGGAGCCCCAAACACAGAAAAAUUUGUCUUUUUGAUCACAUGUUUUGAACGUUUUAAUGUUUCCUCAAAGAUUGUUCUGCUGAACUCAUGUUUUCUCAUCUAUAUUUCCUGAUUAAUCCCAGUUGAUAAUUUGUAUUCAUCAGUUGAGAGAACGGAAACCUCUGUAUGGCUCUGGCUGCGUGUUUUAGCUAGGGGACUAUGCCACUGUUUGUUAGAGUAAAGCACCGAUGCAAAGAAUCUAUUAAAGAGAUGUAUCUAUAUCUAACAUAAUAUAAUAUUUAUCCCUGCUCUAACUGCCUAUUUUGGUACAAAAAAAUAAAUAAAAGGCUUUAUUGAGCUUUACUGCAGUCCCUUUA